AGUCCCUCCUGUCCUUAGCGACUCCUGCCGCUCUGCGAUCAGCCUCCCCUAAACCUCAGAGGAGCUGCUUAAAGCAGGCGGCUGCUCUCUUCCAACAUACCGAGGGUGACAACGGCGAGAGCGUUCGCAGGCAUCCCCCCACCCACCCCCAGAUGCUCCCAGCCGGUGCUUGGCACCCGCCACCCGUGCCGAGCUGUCGCCCAUCUCCAGGAACCGGGGAGAUUUGUGGCCAGAGCCUCCGCGACCACAGCGUUGGCGAAGACCCACGGGCAGCGAGGACAGGUCAACGGCAGAACAGAGGGAUGAGGACUCGCCUGGGCUGCCUGUCUCACAAAUCAGACUCAUAUAAUGAUUUCACAGCUAUUCUUCCGGACAAGCCCAACCGGGCUUUGAAAAGACUGUCAACAGAAGAAGCAUCAAGAUGGGCAGACUCCUUUGAUGUCCUUUUAUCCCAUAAAUAUGGGCUGGCCGCUUUCCGCGCUUUCCUGAAGACGGAGUUCAGCGAGGAAAACCUCGAGUUCUGGCUCGCCUGCGAGGACUUCAAGAAGACCCGCUCAGCGGCCAAACUGGCCUCCAAGGCCCAGCGGAUCUUUGAGGAGUUCAUCGACGUGCAGGCUCCUCGAGAGGUGAACAUAGACUUCCAGACUCGGGAGCUGACAAGAAGAAACAUGCAGGAGCCCUCCCUCUCUUGCUUUGACCAAGCUCAGGGGAAGGUGCACAGCCUGAUGGAAAAAGACUCUUAUCCCAGGUUCCUGAGAUCCAAAAUUUACACAGACCUGCUAUCUCAAACCCAGAGGAGGCUCAGCUAGAGCAGCGAUGGGGCCCUCGGAAACCAUGUGCUUCCUACAACAGCAACUACCCAUGUCUAAAUGUGAAACUUUCUCGGUGUUAAAAGCAGUGGGGAUAAGAAAAGAGGGAGGAGAGGAAGAGGAGGCUUCCAGAGCGUGAUCUGAAUGUGGAAUUAGGACUUUUUGAGUUUCUGUGCUUUUUUGGUUAGCAGUAGCAUCUUGCAGUUGUUGCCUCUCUCUAGCACAAAACCCUAUCCUCCCUAGUCAUGGGGUCAUCUGUUGGGAAGGCAGGUUUCCUUUAAAAUUACCACGCUGGUUUGUCUGUAAAUAAUGUCUCUGCACCUUCCCAUCCUUCCAGACACCUCACUGGCUCUCACCUAUCCCUGUGUUUGGAAGGGCCCUAAGGGCAGCUCUGAAACUUGUGUAGCCAAGUACAAUCCAAAGCACCGUCCCCCACACUGGCUGCUGGGGUCUGGAUCCUGAGGCUGUGAGGAGGAAAAGAGGGUGGGAGUGAGAAGACAAAGGCACACAAUUCUUGCUGCUUCCCGGAGAGGAAACCGUCAGCAAACUCAGCUCCCCUUCCCAUUUUGGUUGCACACCUCGUGAUACCACAGUAGCUGACCUGUCGCAGCCCCUCCAUGCCCCUGACUGCUUUUCUUUCAGGGGUGGAGGCUAGAUGCUAUUUUUGUGUGACUGUCAAGGAGCUGAGUUUUUCUCAUGAGGAAGGUAACCCCAAAAGCUCUCACUAGACCUGGUCUUCUAGUGCAAAUGAUUGUUUUUCAGUGAUAUUAUUUAUGUGUACUAUAGUUCAGCCUCAGGACCCCUGUCACUGUUAGGCUUCAUUGUGCUAGGCACCAUACCAAAACUUCACACAACGAGGCUUUUGGCCACCAGAGACUUUAAUGACCUCAGUGGCUUUUUGGGAACGAACUGCCAGCCAUUGGGAAAGAGUUGGGAGAAUGAAUGUCCCAUCUGCCCCGUGCUGAGGUGUAAGAAAAGCACAAGAUCCAUCUGCCGUGUCAGGUAUCAUUUCUCAUCGUAGUACUUCACCAGCGCAUGGCAGGGAGAGGUAAUGUGAAAACACAACCUUCUUUUUGUUAUUUACUGAUUAUUGACUGUUGUUGUUACCUACCGAUUGUCCACUGUGGGUUCGAUGCAAUGUAAAGAAAAUUCUAAAGGCACAGCCCCUGCUGCAUGGUGCUUGCUUCAAAACAGGGUGCAGGACGAGUGUCUGGGCGUGAAGUAGUGUGCAAAGCGUGCUUUGGCCCUGUUCCCACAGCCUGGACAGCCAGCUGCAGGAGAGGGCUCUGUGCAGAUGUCAGUUGUGUAACACCACCUCUGUACUGUAAUUCUCACCAUCUGAAUUGCUGCAGCAGUCGCUUUCCCAGCUUAUCAGCUGUCAGAUUCUUGCGAUAUUUUCUAGAAGGGAAGUGGAUUGUCUGAGGGUUUCAGUCUGCAGACCAGAGGUCUGUUUUCUUAGUUUUAGGAAGGUCUGGAAAGGGACCUCGUGGAUCUUUUCCUUCUCUCCUUGGAGUCAUCCACAGAUCAGAGGUUGGUAAACCCAUGUUCUGGUUUAUUGUGGUGGGUAGGUUUGAUAGAUCAGAUAGCUGCUGAUAAAGAUGUAAGUGUGAUCUGGUGUAAACUGGGCAGUCUGAAUUCUGAAGCUAUGCAUAAUGUUUGGAACAAGAUACAAAAGGUCUGCUUGGAUAUUAGAAGUUACUGUCCCUACGUUAGCAGGUUUUGAGGCUUUUUGUAAGGCUGCUGUGCAGGAUGUUAGGAUGGAUGGGUGUAGGAUUAUGAUAGGGGUGAUGAGUGUGUUUGUUUUGUUCUGGAGAUGCAUUCCUGUGGUCUCUAAGACACUAAAUCCUAAAUACAGUACAAAAACAAAAUUUCUGUUCAAUGGGGAAACCCACUUUUCAGUACCUGUCUGGUCAACUCUAGAACUCUCCUGCAGUUUUGCAGGCAAAGAUCAUCUCAAGGUGGCAUCCUGCGGCCACGCUUGGGCUUGGCAGCACAGCCCCUCGACUUUUGAAGCUGUUGAUGAGAUACAUGAGGUCCGUAAUGCAGGGGGACAGAGCCCAAAGCCUGAACAUCACUGUGCAAAUUUCACCGUGGCAGCUUCAUGCAGACUUACUCGCUGCCUGUUUGAGAGUGGGAGCAAAGAGCGGUGUCUGCAGGGGAAGAAAGGUGGGCCCUGGAUUUUGCUGUAAUUCUGCUUUUAAUGUACUUACUGCUUUUAAAGAGGAGGAAGAUGGCCACAUUAACUGCCCCAGGGUGCUUCUCUUAGAGCUCCUGGUACAUCUGAAUGGGCUUGGGUGAUGCUGACCUCUAGUGCCAGCUGACACAUCCCAGCGGAGGCUUUUCUGCACGCGCCCUGCAGGCACCCGUUGCUGAGAGGGUCACAGGGACAACCAGGAGAUGAGGAAACAGCAGAACGAGAUGAUUUUGUCUAGGAAUGAGGACAAGAAAAAUAAAAUCAGGAGUGAGGACAAUUCCCAGGCUUCCCUGAUGGCUACAAAGGCUGGUCCUGUUCAGAGUGUGACUCCAGAAAGCCCAGUAGGUAACAUCUCCCGACAGGCUCCUCCAGUCGGUGUUGGCAGCCUUUUAUUUUGUGCCAGAAUUCAUCAAAAAACUUCAAAGCAGCCAAAAGCUCUGUAAAAACCAAGCUCCUCUCUUCCCUCCAUCUGUCUGGGGAACGGCUUUGAGCAGGCACAUUCAGAGGUGGCACUGCUAACAGGAGCUGUAUUCCUGCCGGCUGGUGUAGGGUGAGUGUUUUGCCCCUUAAAUUGAUGCCAGAUAAUAUCCUCGACAGGAAACUGUCCUAGAGCAUGCAGUGGAGCAAAGGUGUUGUCUGAAGCACAUGAAUCUAUCACGGUUAUUUUUGUUCCUGCUCUUACAGUUUGUCUCUCCUGCAGGAAAGCAGCCUAGUUAUUUAAAGUAAUUUAUUAUUGUUAUUUUAAUAAGAAAUUGGCACCAGUUGCUUCUUUUAUGUCAAAUGUCAGGCUGAAGUGAAUUAAAAUAGGCAACUUAUACCUCUUCCUCUUAAACCAGGGGCUGAUGAAGGAAAUAAUGACAGAGCCAAAGCUUCGGAAAGCACUGAGUGAUGACUAAUCCCCAUCGAGGACAAAUAUCCUACCUUUGAUUCAUCUCUUACUGAUGUGAAAGGGAUAUUCAGAACAUACAAACCCCAUUUUCCCUCUCCACGAGCACACACCUCCAAAAACGUGCUCCCACUUCAAGUAAUGUCAGAGAGUGCCAGCAUAUGAAGAGAGGGGAAAAAAAAAACGUUUCACUCAGCUCUUUUUAUUCAGUGUUUCUGCUGGCGUGUAUCCAGCCAGCUCUUAAGUCCUUUGACAGCAAAAGGGAAGAAGAAUUUUACAAAUUGCUUUUCCCUACUCCAUAAACUCCAGCCGUCGUUCAGUCCAGAAGCAGAUGCGGAACCCGAAUCUGCUCUGAGUUUCCUUCUGCUUGGGCCAGGUUUGGGAUUAUUUCCGUCGUUUUAUUGUACCUGUUAAUGUACCGAUGGGUCCCUGCCCUCCACGCUGGGAAAGCGUGAGGGGCAAAGUCCUGCUGGUGUGAGCACAGGAGGUGUGUGCGUACGUGGGUGUGGGUGCUGAGCGUGCAUGUGAAUUCACCUAUACAUUACUUCGUGUCUCCUACUAGAGAAGCUAUUCUGAGACCUAGAUGUGCAUGUUAAAAUAGGAGAAUUAGGCAUAAACGACAUAAAACGAGAUUUUUAGCGGUGUUGUGUUUGCCUCUUGUGUAAGUUCGACUAGUGAUAGGAGAUGUACAAUUCUGCUAGGCUUCCAAUUACCCGUAAGAGCACAUGUAUCCAACUGAACUGAAUGUUCACCGAUAGACACAAAACCAAAAUGUUUACAGCAUUCAGAGCAAUAGCAAAGCAUACCUCAUGCCAGUCCUGGAGUGCCUCUCACUUGUCCCUGCAAACUCUCCCUCACCGUGGGCCUCCUUCUCCCUCCAAACCCCUCUCUCCUUCUCAGCCCUGUCCCUGUGGACGUCCCUCCUCUUCCUCAUCUUCACCUCCCUGAAGCACUCCUGUCCACGCCAGCCUUCCCCUCCACCAGCACUGCUUGAGCCCUGGUCUCUCCCAGCCUCCUCUGCCCUCCUGGCUGCAUGCCCUCUGUCCCCAGGCGUCUGUCUGUCCUCCUUUUCCUUUUCCUUUUUUCCUUUUCCUUUUUUCCUUUUCCUAUUCUUGUCUUGCCAUCUCCCUCCUACACACCUCCUACUGUUGCUCCUAGCAGCUGUUCCUUGCCCAUUAUAUAAGGAGAAACCGCUUCACCUAAUUUAUUCACCAUCUUUCCUUCCUGGGGCUGCUGCAGUUGUCUUGUUCCUUGGUACUGUGUUUUCUCUGGCACCGAAGCGUUUUAUCACAGAGCUGGAAUUAAUGUCAGACCAGAGAGUGCUUUUCUCUACCGUGCACCCCUUGGGCUUUGCAGAGGCUCGGCUUGUCCCAGUGUCGUGUCUUUGUCCUCCAUUCGUGCUCCACGUGCUGUGCUUGCAGCAGGGGCUGGCUAGGUGAGACGGCAGCUGUGCUCCGCGCGCUCGGGCACAGGCGGAGCUGCCUCGGCAGGGUCGCAGCUGUGCUUCCUUUUCGCUUCCUGAUUAAA